AUGGCCGAAGAGGCCGAGGAGGCGGAGGCGGAGGCGGAGGCGGAGGCGGAGGAGCGUUUCUUGGAGCUCUCGGCCAGCCUCGCACUGACAGGUGAGUGGCUCGCCCGGUUCCGGGUGCCUCCUGGCGAGACCAUCUCCGGCCUCGGCCAGCAUCUUGCGCAAGCCACAGGUCAGGUCGUCGACUUCCGGCUCGUCCUUCAGGGCUCCGUGCUGGCGACCGGGCAGACGCUGGUGGCUGCGGGGCUGGAGAGGGAGUCCCACGUGCUCGUCGUGAAAGGGGACCGCCUCAUCGCCACGGCCUCGCACGACGGUUCCGUGAAGAUCUUCCGGGCGCACACCGGUCAGUGUCUGCAGACGCUCUGGCACGAGGACGCCGUCUCCUCCGCCAGCUUCUCCCACUCAGCCCAGCAGGUCCUGACGACCUCGGGCUGGACGGCACGCAUCUGGAGCCUCAGCGGAGACGAGGAGGUGAGUCUUAUCGGGCAUACCGGCGCCGUGGUGUCCGGCAGCUUUGCGCCCGACGAUCGGUUGGUGGUGACGAGUUCUAGCCACGAUAACACCGGCCGCAUCUGGUGCGCCCAAACCGGGGCCUGUGUGCGGGUGCUGACGGGCUACGAGCUGGCGGGUGCCGCCUUCACGCCCGACGGAACUAUGGUGCUGGCCGCCUGCUCCUGGGAAGACUGCGCCCUCCUUUGGUCUGUGGAGACCGGGGAGCUGGUGAGGACCUUCCAGCCCCACAGCUCUGCGGUGCUCUCGGCCUCCAUUUCCCCAGACGGUUUCACCGUCGCGACCGCCUGCUGGAACGGUGAGCUGCACCUUUGGUGGGCCGACUCGGGUCGCUGCCGGGCUUGCCUCACGGGCCCGGAUCAGAAGUCCAAGGUCCACGUGGCUUUCUCUCCGGAUGGCGGCAGCCUCGUCUCGGCGAGCAUCCACCACGUUGCGCAAGUCUGGGAUCUGACCGGGGCUCUGGCCCUCCGACUGGAGCUGCAGCAUGGAAACUCGGUGACCUCCGCUUCCUUCUCUCCGGAUGGGGCCUGGAUCGUGAGCAGCUCCUACGACGGCACCGCGAAGAUCUGGAACUCUCGGACUGGGGAGCUCGUGAGGACGCUCGAGGGCCACGCGGAUGCAGUGCGCACCGCCUGCUUCGCACUGGCCUGCGUCGACGACUGCCUCGUGAGCUGGAGAAGAUGUGCCCCCACCGCUUUGCCAGCUUUGUGA